AUGGCUGGUGGUGGUGUUCAGCAGGUGGUGGCCGUGCUCGCGGUGGUGGCGCUCAUGGCGGCGGCGGCGGAGGGUUUCAUCUCCAAGAAGACGUGGAGCGCCAUCCGGCGGGCGGACCGCGACGGGCCCUUCGUGGGGCUGGUGGUGCCCAACGCCUACGAGAUGGAACCCGUCCUCAACUCCCCCGACCUCAAGCCCAGCAACAACAUCCCCAUCCUAGAUGUUCAAGGGCGACGAUUCCGCUUCGGAACCAUUGGAGGCCAAAACGUUGUCAUGGUCAUGACUGGGCUGAGCAUGCUGAAUGCAGGGCUCACAACCCAGCUGCUGCUGAGCCUGUUCAGGGUGAAGGGCAUCGUGCACUGGGGCAUCGCCGGCAACGCCAACGAGGACCUCCAGAUCGGCGACGUGACCAUCCCCGAGUCCUGGGCGCACUUGUCCCUGUGGAACUGGCAGAGGCACGGCGACGGGCCGGAGAACGAGCUGCCGCUGGAGGGCGCCGGCGACUACACGAGGGAGUACGGCUUCCUUAACUUCUCCGACUACACUGUCGGCCAGGCCAACCCGGAGCUGUCGGCGAACACGCUGAACAGCGUGUGGUACCAGCCGGAGGAGAUCUUCCCGAUCUCCGGCACGCCGGAGGAGCGGCAGCACGCGUUCUGGGUGCCGGUGAGCAAGCGCUACUACAAGCUCGCCGGGAAGCUGGAGGGGCUGGAGCUGCCGGCGUGCGUGAACGCGACGACGUGCCUGCCCCGUGCGCCCCGGGUGACGCGGGUGCCCCGGGGUUGCAGCGCCAACAUCUACACCGACAACGCCAGCUACCGGCAGUUCAUCCGCGCCCACUUCGGGUGCACACCCGUGGAGAUGGAGAGCGCCGCCGUCGCGCUCGUGGCGCACCAGUACGGCGUCCCCUUCAUCACCAUCCGCUCCCUCUCCGACCUCGCCGGCGGCGGCUCCUCGCUCAGCAACGAGGCCGCCACGUUCCUCGACAUCGCGGCCAAGAACGCCGUCGACGUCAUGCUCAAGUUCGUGCCCCUCCUCGGCCGCGGUGGCGAGCAGGAGCAGGCCGACGGCCUGACCGAGGACAUGUAA